AUUAUGAAUGACUUUGCUAUUAUCAAUAAAAUACCGGAAAACACGCGCAAACACAUCAAACUUUUUCACGUGUUUGACGACAUUACCGGAUUCAACGUAUUGGUCAUAACUAUUGGCGGCGUUGUCUACGGUAUGGGAUCUAACAAAUGGUCACUACUGGGCUUAGGUCACGAUGAAUGUAUUACUCAGAUCGUAGAGAUACCGGAGCUCAGCUUCAAACAAGUCAAACAAUUUAUUAAUGGAGAGGACUUUUGUUUGGCACUAACCUAUGAUAACCGGGUAUACAGUUGGGGACUAACACUAUCGGGACGGUUGGGUCGCGAUAUAAAUGCCAAAGAAAUUUAUGGUAAACCAGAACUUAUAACUGGUUUGGAUAACUUAGAUAUCAAUAAAAUUUGUUGCGGUUUUAACCACACACUGGUGGUCACCAGUGAUGGUCGGGUAUAUGGUUGGGGUCGUAAUCAAUAUGGACAGGUAGUCGAUAGAGACUAUGAUGUGCACAAACCCAUCCAAUUGUUUGAUGGGAUGUCCAAUAAAUUUACAGAUAUUAUGUGCUAUAGAUUUGCUUCAAUGGCCAUUGCAUCUGAUGGACAAAUAUAUAUUUGGGGUAAUAAUCGCAGUUAUUAUAACUACAGAUCGUAUACGCCAUUAACCAAACAACCGGUACUCUGGAGAUAUAUGGGCACUAAUAUCGACACAAAUAUAAUAAAAUUUUACGAAAUUAACGAUAUAUUCAAUAGAGAUUUUAAACGAGAUAUAGAUUUGGUUAAUAACGAAAACUAUUUAACUAUUGGCCAAAAUUUGGAUAACAAUAGACCGGUUAUUAUCUUUGACCACAUUUACCAUUUGUUUUCACAAAAACAUAAUAAGUCGAUAUUAUUUGGAUGGUCUAUCAGUAACCGUAAAAUUUAUCAAAUUUUAUCGGUCAAUGAGUUAAUCGAAACCCGCUAUAAGUCUGCCGAUGAGUUCGUAGCUAUUGAACAUAAGUUAACGCAUCAAACCAUUGAUAAUCAAAAAUAUUAUAAUAUUGAUCGCAAUAUUAUAAACCUAAAAGCAAAUGACAAUUUCGGUAACUUUAAUGUUAUGGAAACACUAGGAAAGGGAGGUUUUGGUGUAGUAUUUAAGGUUAAGAAUAAGACUAAUAAAAAUAAUUACGCCAUCAAAAUUAUCAACAUAUUAGAUUCUGAUAAACCAAAUGACCAAAUAUUACAAAAUGUAUGGAAAGAGUCGAAAAUGUUGUCUAAAUUGAAUCCACAAUUUGUGGUUAAAUAUUACGAUUCGUGGAUAGAAAACAAUCAAUUUUUCAUUCAAAUGGAAUUAUGUUCACAAAGUUUACAGAAUAUUCUUGAGAUAAAACCAAAUGUAUUGAAGAGACAGACAUCACAAGUCAUGGAUUUUUUUGAAUAUUAUAUAAGUUGUCAGAUAUUUAAAGAGAUUGUAGAGUGUGUCGAGUAUUUGCAUCACACGUGUCGACCACAAGUCAUACACCGGGAUCUUAAACCUUAUAAUAUAUUGACAGUUGAAAGACCUAAUAAUAAUAGAUUUAUUAAGUUAUGUGACUUUGGUUUGGCCACAGUUCAUGAGCCACAAGUCCACGAAAGAGAGUUUAUGAAACAUACAUCAGCUGUGGGUAAUCCAAAAUAUAUGGCACCCGAAGUCAACUUAGGUAUCAUUUAUAAUACUAAAGCUGAUAUCUAUAGUUUAGGUGUUAUUGCAACUCAAUUAUUUGAUGUCAAUAUUGAUUAUGACAUACCGUUUAAGUCUAAUGAUAAAAUUCUGACCGUAUGUAUGGGAAAYAUGAAAUUAAUAGUAUCAUCAAUGCUAUCGUAUGUCUAUAACAAUAGACCGUCGAGUCAACAGAUAUUACAGCGAAGUAAUGAAUGGCUUAUUGAUGACAAAUGUGUCAAAAGUGAUCACAAUUUUGACAAACAUUUGUUACAAUUAAAACAAAAUGAGUUUAAAUUCUUCUAUGAAUUUGUUAGACAAAAAUUGCAAUAUUUAUGUUUGUGAUACACACUAUUGCAACUAAACACACGUGUGCUUGUGUUGCACGUGUAGAUUAUGGCUAAACUUGUUUACAUAUUAAACUUCUAUCUAAUUUAAGCCAAAUUUUUAUCAAAUUAUUUGGAUAAUAGUCAAGCAAUGAAAUAUAUUUYAUUGUUUUCAAAUGAUUUUUGACACAAAA